UUUAUUUAUAACACUUAUUUUGUAGAAUCGAAACAGACUCAUUUAGUGCUUUUGCGGAGGCACAUCAUAAACCUUUUUCAAUCUCUCUAUAUCUAUUCCUAAAUCAAUCACUUUCUCUAUGUGAAUAAAUCCCCACACUCAACCUGCAAAUGAAUAUCCAUUCACAGUGAUAUUGUACAGCCAACAAGUGAAUGGCCAUGACCUAAUUCAUCAUCUCUCCUGUUACACCACUGGCAAAGACCAAGAGUGGACUAGUAAUUGUGAGGUUUGAUAAUUGAAAAUAAAAGAUUAGCGGUUGAGCCAUGUCACCAGCUACGUGUGUAAAGAAAACAGCUUUGUAAUGCAACGACAAUGAGCCCUAAUUUUUAAUUUCGGUUACAAUGGGGACUUGUUGUCCUCGGACUAUAGUUGUCAGCACUCAUCACUCUCUUUCGAUCACAGCUACUUUUGCACUUUCGAGUCACCAUGAUUCGUCCAUCUGUGGGUCGUCGUCGUCUGAGUUUUGCUCUUGUUUUUGCUCUUCUCUUGACAUCUCUCUUCCUCGUCUUUCCAUUCCAUUUGUUUUACCAGAGUACAUCGAUGUCCUGGACCAGUUUAGCACAUAACCCUGGCGACAAUUUGCACUCACUCACUGACUUCUUUUCAGGGUCCGAUGGGCUCCGAGCCCGCCAUCGUUUCCGUUCGUACGAAGAGUAUCUUCAGCUACAACUCAACAAAACCCUCAACGCGAAGUUGCGUGAGGUGUGGAAAACCGUCGACUGGCGUCGUAAAAUCAAUGUGUUCUCUUCCAUUUUCCGGUGGCAUGUAGAUCAAGGUCUGGUGAAACCUGGCCAGAAGGUUGUGUGCAUUGGAGCACGGAUGGGACAGGAAGUCGUGGCUUUCAAAGAAGUCGGGGUCGCGGAUGUCAUUGGUAUCGACCUCGUUCCUGCGCCGCCACUGGUGCUUCGUGGAGACUUUCAUAAGCAUCCCUUCGCAAACAGCACGUUUGAUUUUGAGUUUUCGAAUGUUUUCGAUCACGCCUUGUUUCCGAAACUCUUUGUCUCGGAGAUCGAGCGAACUCUCAAGCCUGCUGGUGUAGCGGUACUGCACGUUGCACUUUUCACCCGACCAGACAAGUUUUCAGUCAUCGAUCUGCACUCUGUCGAUGCCCUUCUUGCCCUGUUCAAAAACUCGGACGUCAUCCACAUCCGUCGCGUUGAUGGUUUUGGAUUGGACACCGAAGUGGCCAUGCGGAAGAAAAGCAGGAACAAUGCAAGAGCUGCGAGUAAUUGCUUCAUAACUAAGUCGAAGGCGGACGUUUUAAAACUCGCAGAACCCCUGGUUCUGUCGGAGCCGAAGAAACCCUGGAUCGCUUCCAAGAGCAGCCUUAGAUCCAUGAAAUACCUUCCAUCACUCACUGACAUCAGACAUCACAGACGAUAUAUCUACGUCGACAUCGGGUCCCGGAACUACGGCUCCAGCAUAGGCAACUGGUUCCAAAAAGCAUACCCAAAGCAAGGCCACAACUUCACAAUCUACGCAAUCGAGGCAGACAGCACAUUCCGACACUCUUACUCAAACCACCCAGAGGUGAACUUCAUGGCAUACGCCGCGUGGAUCAGGAACGAGAGCUUGAGCUUCGGAAGCGACAUGGAUCGAAACGGGUGUGGGCAUCGGGGAGGAAUGGGCCGAAUUCAGUAUUCUCCAAGAGUGUCCCAGAAGUCAUCGUGGCUGGAUAGAUGCGACCAUCGCGCGGAGGUACAGGGACUGGAUGUGUCGGAAUGGAUUCGAAGCAUGGUCCGAGAGGAAGAUUUCCUUGUGGUGAAGAUGGACGUCGAGGGAGCGGAGACUGAUCUGGUGCCGAAGAUGGUCGACACUGGCGCCAUUUGCCUAGUUGAUGAGCUCUUUCUGGAGUGCCACUACAAUCGAUGGCAGCGUUCGUCCCCGCACAGAUCCCCCAAGUAUAACCGCACCUAUCAAGAUUGUGUGUCUUUGUUUCGAUCUCUGCGCCGCCGUGGUGUGCUUGUACAUCAAUGGUGGUGAUCGCCUUCGUUCCGGGCCACGGAUAUGGACGCUGCUUCUCAUCGUAGUUUCUGAUGAAGCUUCGUGGCUACGUAGUAUCGUGAUCCUAAACCAGAAGUUGGACUCAACAAAUUGGUUUUCCAAUUAGGGUUUUCUAUUAAUGCCAAAAUAUGACAGACAGUGUAAUCAAUAUAAUUUGUAUCUUCAAUACAAAUAUUCGUGUGGUUUUCAUUAAUGCCAUUUGAAAUGAAAUUCUAAUCCUUACGUGAUUAGUAGCACCUUGGAUAUUUACGGCACUAUUCAAGAUUCUAAGCAUGACCUCCCUACUCUACUUGUAGUUACAGUAUCAACAAUAAAUAUAAAAAUAUGUUAUUACUCAAGCUA